AGCGCCUCUCAAUGGUCAGACACUGUCAGUACAGGGGGAGGACAGGUAGUAAACAGCCGGUAGGUAUGGAGAGGUCAUCACUGUCUGGAACACAGACAAACGGCUGCUCUUUCUCUGUGCUUCAACAUCAGGCGGUGUCCAUUCUCACCACACAAUGAAUGGGUCAGUGGUGCCGUUGACCUUGUCCCAACACAAGUCCUGAAAAUGCCCUAUGUGCGCGGCUCUGUGCUCGAACAUGGCGGAGUCGGACGGCGGGGAUUUUGCCUUGAAACCGUCGCAGAGCAGUAUGGUUAACAAGAAUAGCACCCUGCGCUGUACUUUCUCAGCUCAGAGCCACAGUGCCAUCCUGCUUCAGGGCUUGUCGGUCUUGCGAGCACAGGGCCAACUACUUGACGUCGUGCUGGCCAUCAAUGAGGAGCGCUUCCAGGUCCACAGAGCUGUGCUGGCGGCUUGUAGUGAUUACUUCAGGGCAAUGUUUACCGGAGGAAUGCGGGAGUCAAAACAAGACACCAUUGAGCUGAGGGGUUUGUCAGCGCGUGGACUAAAACAUAUAAUUGACUUUGCCUACAGUGCAGAAGUCACAUUAGACCUGGACUGUAUUCAGGAUGUCCUCGGAGCAGCUGUGUUUCUUCAGAUGGUCCCUGUCAUUGAGCUCUGUGAGGAGUUCCUUAAGUCUGCAAUGAGUGUGGAGACUUGCUUACAUAUUGGCCAGAUGGCCACCACCUUCAGUCUGUCUUCCCUAAAGGAGUCUGUGGAUGCCUUCACCUUUCGUCACUUCCUCCAGAUUGCUGAGGAGGAGGAUUUCCUGCACAUUCCCAUGGAGCGCCUCAUCUUCUUCCUGCAGAGCAACAAAGUGAGGAGCUGCAGUGAGAUCGAUCUCUUCCAUGCCGCCAUCAGGUGGCUCCAGUAUGACAAGGCUCGUCGGGCUCAAGCCAGCAAUGUCCUCUGCCAUGUCCGCUUCCCACUAAUGCGCUCAUCGGAGCUGGUGGACAGCGUUCAGACAGUGGAUAUAAUGGUGGAGGAUGUGCUGUGCCGCCAGUAUCUCCUUGAGGCCUUCAAUUACCAGAUCCUUCCCUUCCGGCAGCACGAGAUGCAGUCCUUACGGACACUCGUUCGCUCUGAUGUCAUAUCACUCAUCACCUUUGGUGGCACACCGUAUACAGAUAACGACCGCACAGUGAGCACCAAGAUGUAUUAUCUCCCUGACAUUACUUCCCGCCAGUUCAAAGAGCUGACAGAGAUGGACACGGGAUGUAGCCACGCUUGUGUAGCCAUACUAGAUAACUUUGUGUACAUUGUUGGUGGACAGCACUUUCAGUACCGCAGCGGUGAGGGUGCAGUGGACAGCUGUUUCCGCUAUGACCCACACAUGAGCCAGUGGCUACGCAUCCAGUCCAUGCAGGAGGCCCGUAUUCAGUUUCAGCUCAACGUGUUGCAGGGCCAGCUAUAUGCCACUGGUGGGCGCAAUGGAUCCGGAAGUUUGUCAUCUGUGGAAUGUUACUGUCCAAAGAAGAAUGAGUGGAUUUAUGUGGAACCAUUAAAACGCAGGAUUUGGGGUCAUGCAGGAACUUCCUGCGCAGAAAAACUGUAUAUUUCCGGGGGUUAUGGCGUCUCACUGGAUGACAAGAAAACUCUUCACUUUUAUGAUCCACUGUCAGAUCAGUGGGAAUUUAGAGCUCCCAUGAAUGAAGCCAGAGUGUUGCACACCAUGAUCAGCACUAGGGAUCGAGUGUAUGCUCUGGGUGGUCGCAUGGACCAUGUGGACCACGAGGACCGCUGUUUUGAUGUUCUGGCAGUUGAGUAUUACAUUCCAGAGAAUGACCAGUGGACCACUGUCAGCCCCAUGAGAGUUGGGCAGUCUGAGGCAGGCUGCUGCCUACUGGACAGAAAGAUCUUUGUUGUGGGAGGAUACAACUGGCACCUGGACAACGUCACAAGCAUUGUGCAGGUCUACAACACAGAGACAGAUGAGUGGGAACGGGAUCUGCACUUCCCGGAGUCUUUAGCUGGCAUUGCUUGUUCAACAGUUAUACUUCCACAAAAUGCCACACAAUGCUAACGUGCGACUGUGAGGGUUUCUAUUACAUGUACUCUGUCUGCAACCUUUGAGUUAUCACAAGUUGUGAACAUAAUGUAUGUGCAUGUGCAUUUAAGAAUUGAACUGGGACAAUGGACUUUAAAGCUACUUAGCAGCAGUUGCAUAUUAUUUUCUUCUCUUGUUUUUCGGAAUCAAUAGGCUGUAUUUUACAGCCUACUGUAUUUUAUGAUACAGAAAUAAGCUAUUGAAUAUAGACUUUAAAUUCAUUGAUGAGUCUUAGGAAUUAUGUAAAUAUCAUUCUUUGAUUCUUUUUUACUCUCUCCUUUCAGGAAGAUUACUGGCAAAUGAGCUGGAAAAAUACUGUCUGCCUUCUAGAAAAGCACCAGUGAAAUUUUAAACACAAAAUUUCAUGUCACAACUAUGUGAUUAAUAACCAAUGUUAAAAGUGUUACAGCACGGCUAGUGCUGCUUCCUCACAACAAGAAGGUCAGGAGUUCAAAUCCCGCUUUGACCGAGGGCCUUUCUCUGUGGAGUUUACAUGUUGUCGCCGUGUGUGUGUGUGUGUGUGUGUGUGUUUGGACUUCUCUGGGUGCUCCAGUUUCCUCCUACAAUCCAAAAACAAGUGGACACUCCAAAUAAACUGUAGAAUGUGAGAGUGAAUGGUUGUUGGACUGGUGACCUGUCCAGGGUGUAUCCCGCCUUUCGCCCUAUGUUAGCUGGGAUUCAUUCCAGCCCCCCGUGACCCUCAUGUGGUGGAUAAAAUUUGAACGUUUUUAUGGCACAAAUAGACUCUUUGAUUUCACCAUUAAAGUAGGUGUGAUUUUGAAAUGAAUGUGAGUUAAUAUUUGCUGUGCAAAGACUCAAACAUAAUGUUUUAGUGUUAUUAAUAUAGGGCUGCAACUAAUGAUUAUUUUCAUCAUCGAUUAAUCUGUCGAUUAUUUCCUCGAUCCACCGAGUACUCGUUUCGGCCAUAAAAUGUCAGGCAAUGUUGAAAAAUGUUGAACGUUUUUUACUAAGUUAUACUCUUGAAUGUCUUCUGUUUUUGUUCAUUUGGAUUUCUUUGUUGUGUGAAGCAAAGAAACCAUAAAAUAUUCACAUUUAAGAAGCUGAAAAAUCAGAUAAAUACUCAAGCUGAUUAAUCGGUUAUCAAAAUAGUUGACAAUUAAUGUACCUUCUUUGAUUAAUAAUCAAUUUUUUGAACAAUUGUUGCGGCCCUACUUUACUGUGAUUUUUGUCAAUCAAACCACAAAGAUAACAAAAAAUUGUAUCUUAUUGUAUUUGCAUAUCUUGUUAAAGGCGCCAAUCACCAAAGGACAUAUCAAUGUACAGAAAUGGUUGCACAGUAUACACAAGUUUUGUUACCACGUCUCAACUAAUUUAUACGAUGUGACAUCACAUUCUUAAUGUUUUUGUUUGUUUGUUUGACUUUAUUUGCUACUGCCCCCAUUUUUUCCUGAGCUGAAAACCUCCACCUCAACACCACAAACUACUGUAGGCAGCUACAUAAAUGUUUAAUGUGACUCCACUGUAAUGUCUGUGUGUGCACUGCUGUUUGUGAGUCAUGUUGCAUUCCAUUCAGUACAUACUGUUGUCCAUGUGGUGUAACAUUUAAAACUGACGCUAAUCUGUACAGUCAGACUCUUUAAAACAUAAUUUUGUUCUUGCAAACUGACAUGACGUUGUUGUUUUUGAAUACAGGGUGGAGUGGAAUCCAGACGAGACACAUCCAGGACACAACUGUCUCAGCUUGUGUUGUCAUUUGACUAAAUGUUUGCACUUUUUUACAGCAGGAUUUAUAAGACAUCUGAUUUUGCUGCUGAAGUUGUUGAUGUACUUAAUGUGUAAAUAAGGAAGACGCAAGCUGAAAGUUUGUGUUAUUAUUUAAGUGUUCUCAUGUCGCCUGUUUGCCUUUGUGUGUCUUUGGCCUGCUCUACCUGUGAAAGCACAUUGUAUAUUGUUGAAGUGCAAUAUAGAGGAAAUGACUUGCUGUCAAAGGGGAAUGUAAACAUUUGUGUAGCUUUAUCUGCAUCCUUUAUUAAAGGUAUAUCAUAUUUUUAAAAUUA